AUGACCGACAUUCCAAAACCAGAGGGCAUGCCGGAAGGUGCCCAAAGCCAACCUCUCAAACUACCGCCGAAACAAAAUCCCGUAUUUCGCAUGAUGGGGAUGCCCAACUUCCGCUUGAGGCUACCUUCGCGGAAUUGGAGAAUCUUUCUCACCAUCGCCGGUGGUUUUACUGCAGCUGUUGUGUACGACCAGAGGGAAAAGAAAAAGGUUCAGAAAAAAUGGUGUGACCUGGUAGCCCAUAUCGCCCAAGAGCCACUUCCUGUCAAUCAGAUGCCGAGGAAAUUGACCGUUUUCAUAUCCGCGCCACCCGGAGACGGUAUCAGACCUUCGAGAGAAUAUUUCAAGGAAUACAUUAAGCCCGUAUUAGUCGCCGCGGCAAUCGACUACGACGUGAUUGAAGGUCGGAAAGAAGGUGACGUCCGGUAUGGGACAGCGGAGCAAAUACGACGACUUCGACGGAAGCAGGGCGAGAAAGGUCCUGAGCCAAAAGAGCAAGACAUGGAUAGCGCAGCUGCGAUAGAUUUGAUCCGGGACAAAAUGCAUAUCGUGCCGGAACCGGGUGUUGGAGGUGACCUGGUCCUUGGAAGGCACACUUGGAAAGAAUAUAUAAGAGGACUGCAUGAAGGUUGGCUUGGUCCGGUCGAGGAGCCUCUUCCCACUCCCGGACCCGAAAAGGAGUCUUCACCUGCUCAACCUCCUACAGAAACUCAAACAGAUGAUCCUGCAACAACCCCCGAAAACACUGGACCCGAGAAGAAAGGAGAAGAACAGAAAGAGAAAAAGCCCCAUUUUCCCCCUCCAGCCUAUUUGUCUACGGAUCAGUAUGCCUCCGCCGAAGUGCCACCGAGUAUACCUUGGAUGUUUGACCCCUCUCAACCCAUUCACCAACAACAUCUCCUCGGAUUCCUCAAAACCCCCCAACGAAUAUGGAAUUUCCUCAAUCGCCGAUACCUAGCAGAUCAGAUCGGCCGUGAGACGGCCGCCAUUGUCCUCGCAGAAAGUCGACAAUACGACAAACGCACCUGGUUCCCCGUAACCAAUAUGGCCGGAGAAGUUGACCCCUUCGUCACGAGAAAGCCCAACAAGAGUGACGCCCACUGCCUGUGGGAGCAACAGUUGGUCCUUGCGCCCGAAGAGCGAACAUGGCACAAGUCAGUUCGUAAGCCUCGAAAAGAAGAUGAUACCAGUGAGAGGAUAUGGAUGAGUGAUAUCGUCAUGGACGAGAGGAUCGGCGAACGGAUGAAGAGGUUCCAACUCGACAUGGCAGAAGAAGACAGGGCGAGAAGAAUUGAGUUAGGACGCGAGAAGACACGCGCGCGACCUAUUCGCGAUCUUAGAGCUGAAAAGGUCGUGCUUGGUGACGUCGAUGACAACUCUGGUUGA